AAGUUUAUGCAAAGGGAGGGUCUGGAUUCAGAUUUGUAGUCAACUUAAAUGAGAGGACAUGUUUCUGCAGGGCUUGGCAAGGGUCAGAAAUACCCUGCAAACAUCCUAUUGCAUAUAUCACAUUAGUUCCUAGUGCAAAAUUGGAAGAUCAUGUGGAUGACUACUUCUCAGUCUAGAAAUUCAAGGCUACAUAUGAAGAUCGAGUCCCCAGUAUUCCUGACAAGUCCAUGUGGCCCAAAGCUACACAUGGCUUCUUCAUGCAUCCUCCAUUGCUCAAGUCCACUGCAGGAGGAAGGAGGAAGAACAGGAUGAAAUCAGCUAUGGAGGGAGGUAGUAGCAGGAAAACACCUGUGGAGGGAGCUGGUACCGGAAAGAAACAUGAGUGCCCAAUAUUCCAUGAGAGAGGGCACCACUAGUACACCUGUAAGAAUGGAAAUCCAGAAGACAUAGCUGCAAUGGAGGCUGAGAGGGGUCCACCAAAGAAAAGGCUGAAGAAAGCAGCUAGUUGUGCCACAGAGACUAGCAUUAUUGUGGCCGCUCCUGCAUCAGGGAUGGUAUUCCCACACAAUGAGACAGUUGACAAAACUACACAUAAGAAAAGGAAGAGAAAAGCAUCAUCUUCAGCAAGGGUCACCAAAGGAAAGGGGUCAACAUCCACUACAUCAACAAGUACUACAAAUACCAGAUCUGCAACUGGAUCCAAUGACCCUGUUCCUAUCCAAAUGGUGCACACAACCCACCAUUUUCAUGAAGACAUUGGAUCACAAAUGUAGACAGAUCAGGUGCAUACUAUAAUGCAUCAUCCUUCAUCAACGAAGAAAAGUGCCAUCAAGACACCAAAGAAGCUUCCAGUUCAGACAGCCACCCCAGCCAGUCCUGCUUCAAAUACUAGAAGCAAAAAGAAACUUCAGCUUGAAUAAAUUGUAAUUUCUAUGUGAUGCAACAUCACUUUCUUUUGCCAUGCCUAGUACUUGUGGCUUUGAGGAACUACUUGCUCUAUUCUGUUCUUUUAUAUAAGGAACAUGUAAUUUAAGACGUUUCGUUUUGGAUGCCCAAUUCUUUUGUGAUGGAAACCAGUAACUUAGUUGCUAAA